AUGACUUCCCAGUCGGGGUCCAACCAGGGCCCAGCCCUUAUGAGGGGGAUAUGGGCUUCAAUGGCCGUGGCAAUAAUCAUCUUGAUUUUGAGAUUGAUUGCCAAAAUUAAAAUCCGACAUUUUGGUGUAGACGAUGUCUUGAUGAGCCUAGCAUUGGGAUUAUCAAUCGCAUCGACGGUAUUCUUAACACUUUCUGUCAACAACGGCUUUGGCCAAAAUCUCUCGACGCUUCCCCGCGAGUCGUCGAUGCUUGUCCUCAAGUAUAUCGCAAUCCAAAUACCACUUGUUACUAUAAGCACUGGUAUCGCCCGCACAUCGUUUGUUCUUUAUUUGCUCAGGAUUCUUGGAAAGAACAAAAAAUACCAAAUCGUACUCUGGAUCAGCAUGCUGCUGCAACUGUGCGGCAACAUCGUGUCUGCUGUUCUCCCACUCAGCAUUUGCCGGAAUGUAAACAUUCUGUGGGACGCAACCGUAAAGACAACUUGCGGAGAUAUUGUAGCAGUCGUGAAGUUUUCAUAUUUUUCUUCCUCCGUCAACACGGCCACAGACUUCUUCCUGGCCGUUUUCCCAACAAUCAUAUUCUGGAACUUGAACUUGAAAUUCGGAGUGAAGAUUACAUUGAUAUUUCUUCUAAGUCUCGGCCUACUAGCCAUGGUUGCAUCGAUCAUAAAAACAACUGAACUUGACCAAGUCCCCAGUGUGACAAAUAUAGGUGCCUCUGGAGGUAUUGAUUUGAUCCGCUGGGGCUACGCGGAAAACGCCAUCAUUAUCAUCACAUCUUCAGUCCCCUGUAUUCGUCCUCUGGUCAUGUCCUCUGUGCGAAAGCUGUCCAGCGUCACCAAGUCCAAAUCAUAUGAACUCACCUCGCCCUUUAGCAGGAAUAGAGUGACUUCGACAGUUGACGUCACUGGUCAGUCUAGGAGAAGUGAGAGAUAUGUAAACUCUGACGAUCGUAUGGGAGAAACCGAUAGCCUUGAGCGAAUAUUAACAGGAGACGACGGGAGGGGCAUUACCAAACAGGUAGACAUAACGGUUGUUUCUUCGAAUGAGGAUUGA